CUUUUAUGUGUGUUGCUUGAAUUUCCAGCAUCUGCAGAAUUCCCGUUGUUUGCGUUUUUAAAAGCAGAAUUAAAUGAUUUAUUAAGAAGAAUAUAUGAUCCAUAUAACCAAACAUAAGUAUUACGCAGAGGGCAGCAGACCAAGCCAUCUUUUAACUCUAAUGCUGAAACAACAGGAAACUAAAAGGUCUAUACCAGCGAUUAGAUGUGCUAAACGUGGAGUAGUAUCUUCAACAGAGGAAAUAAACGAGACAUUCAAGAAUUACUUUAAAGAGCUGUAUACAAGUGGUGGUUCAGUUCCUUCUGAGAAUGACUUCACAGAUUUUUUUAGUGGAUUAGACCUCCCUACAUUGUCAUUAGAGGACACCAAAACUCUAGACUCUCCUAUUACACUGGAUGAGCUACCCAAAGCAGUUAAAGCUACAAAUAAGGGCCAAACGCCAGGCAUAGAUGGCAUUCAUGUGGAACUUUACCUAGCACUUUGGGAUAUUCUUGGACCAGUAUGGUUAGAAACAUUAAAUUAAGCUUUUGGAAAUGGCACUUUCCAUAGAGAUCUAAACACAGCCCUGAUCACACUUAUACCUAAGCCCGUUAAGGACCCCUUGGAGUGUGCCAAUUACCGUCCAAUCUCCUUGAUAAAUGCCGACCUCAAGAUAUUUUCCAAAGUCUUAGCCAGUAGGCUUGAGAUAGUAGUUGGAAAAAUAAUUAACCCAGAGCAAACGGGCUUUAUCAGGGGGCAUCUCGCAUCUGAUAAUAUUCGCCGGCUCUUACACGUACUGAGUGCAACACGUAAAAUCCUGCUUGCCUGUGGCCUGCAACUUCUAGAUGCUGAAAAAGCGUUCGAUCGCCUUGAAUGGCCAUAUCUUUGGAGAGUUCUAAAGGAAUUUAAGUUCGGCAAUAAAUUUAUGAAUAUGAUUCAAACACUGUAUGUUAAUCCUUCAGCCCGGAUAUGUGUGGGAGGAGGUUUCUCAGAGUUAUUUGACAUAGGGCGGGGCACACGACAAGGGGACCCUUUGUCUCCUUUAAUUUUUACCAUAUCUAUUGAACCGCUUGCACAUUUAAUUAGAAACUCUCCUCAGAUCUCCCCUAUUACAAUAGGUACAUCGCAUUCAAUAUCACUUUACGCAGACGACACGCUAGUUUAUAUGGCACAUGUUCAACAAACUCUCCCCUAUGUUUUAAAAACACUGGAGCAAUUUGGAUUUCUUUCAGGAUACAAAGUUAAUUUGUUAAAACCAGCAUUGAUGCUGAUUAAUACGGAUGAAAGUCAGGUGUCUCUCCUUCCCCAGAUUAAAGUGACAAAUGAAGUCCUCUACUUGGGUAUUAAAGUUAAUACUUCCCUAUCAUCUGUGGCUAAAACAAAUUACUCUUUAAAUCUGAAAAAAUAGAAGAUAUUAAUAGAUGGAGACACCUGCCAGCAUCAGUCCCAGCCCAUAUAUCGGUCAUUAAAAUGAACAUCUUACCCCACAUUAAUUUUAUCAGCUCAAUGAUCCCACUUGCACCUCCAGCAGGAUUUUGGCAAAAACUGGACUCCUUACUAUGAUGCUAUGUUUGGAAUGGUAAACGACCCAAUAUAAAAUGGUCAGCUCUACAAUUCAAAAAGUCGGAUGGGGGUUUGGCAUGUCCAAAUCUUAAAUUGUAUCACUGGGCAUUUGUAUUAAAAGUUUCAUCAUGGAAAAAUAUAGAACAAGAGCUAAUAGCACCAAUAAGGUUGAAGAACUUUCUCCUUAUAGGUACGUCUACCAAAAAAUGUGAUUUGUAUGACGGUCCAACUUUAACCCAUAUGCUACAAGUGUUUAGAGCAGCAGAAAAAUUCCUAAAAUUUCAAAGCGUAUGGUGCAAAUCAUCUCCAUUAUGGAACAAUAAUCAUUUUCUAUCUGGGGGGGAAACGAUUCACUAACAGAACUUGGUAGGAUAAAGGUAUUACUACUCUUCAAAAUAUGAAUGGGGCAAGUACUAUCCUUAGCUUUCAAGAACUGAUAUCUCGAUAUAAUAUUGAUAAACACUCUCUUUUCUUCUACUUUCGAGUAAGAUCAGCUUGUAAAGACUACGGCGUUCCCUGGGGAUCAGAUUUAAAGGACCAUCCCAUUUUAAGUUGGAUACAGAGUGCUCCAGGACAGAUACUGUCAUAUAUCUAUGAUAAAUUAAACUCCCAGAAUUAUAUGCCCACAUCAGGAAUGAAAGCUUGGGACAGGGACGUAUCUGAAUUGGGACAAGACUUAGACUGGGAUGCGAUUUGGGAUAAUGCUGCCAGUGCUUCGAGAAACCCAAAUCAUCGGAAUAUACACUUGAAAUUUUGUCAUAGAGUUUUUUAACACCGAGAAUUAGACAUCAAAUGGGACUGGUUCCUGACCCACAUUGCUCAUUUUGCCCCCAUGGAACCGAUGGCUCUUUUACGCAUUUUGUAUGGGAAUGUCCAGGGGUUUUUGGUUUGUGGGGGAAGGUUAUCAGUACUCUUACAGAACUAACGGGGGUACAGUUACCAAUGGACCCCACUGUACAUCUUCUAAAUGAUGACUCCCACCUUUCCCUUACAGAAGAAACAUGCGAAAUCUGGCUGGCAGGCCUGACUGUAGCUAAGAAGAUUGUAGUCCAGCGUUGGAAACCUCCCCAUGAUAUUUCAAAUACUCACUGGCUUCAGAGCUUUUUGGACAUUUCUUACCUGGAACUUUCAUCAGCAAGAAUUAUGUAUUGCAUUUCACGUCGCAAGCCAGUGAUAAUAAGCCUGAUUCUGAUUCUGAUCCAAAGCAAUGCACACGAAAUGCUGGAGGAACUCAACAGGUCAGGUGGUAUCUAUGGAAAUGAAUAAACAGCCGACGUUUCGGGCUGAGACCCUUCAUCACGACAGACUUGUAAUAUGCCAAAGCCAAUUACCAAAACAUAUCUGAGGACCUCAGCACCCUCAACAGCCAGCUUACUGAUGAUGUCAUUGUGAACGCUGAUAUUGACAGAUUAUAGACUGUUUGUUAACACAAUACAGAAAUCUAUGGAUGCCAAUAUUCCUCACAAAAUUAACUCUUCCAAACCAAGCUUACCAUGGGUUAAUGCUUUGCUUCAGAGGAGUAUUAGGAAGAAACGUAAGCUGUAUAAUCGUGCCAGAAAGACAGGUGAUUUUUCUACUUGGGAUGAGUUUAGACUCCUUCGGAGAAAGGUUGACAGGCAGAUGAGAAAACUUCACCGUGAUUAUGUGUAUGAUAUUGGUACAAGUCUCCAGAGUGAAAAUACCAAACUUUUCUGGUACUACGUGAAAGCUAUACGUCGGGAAGUACUCGGUUUCUCCCUAUUAUCAUCUAUGGGAAGGAUUGUUUCCGGUGCAAAGCAGAAAGUGGAAGUACUCAACCAACAGUUUUGCUCUGCUUUCACAAGAGAAAACAUCUCAUCAGUACCGGACUUAGGACAUAGUAGUGUUCCAAAUAUGCGGAAUAUCAACAUUACCACCGCAGGUGUUGAAAAAUUAUUGAAAAACCUCAGGCCCACAAAGCCACGGGACCUGAUAAUGCGCCAGCCCGUAUUCUCAAAGAAUGUGCUGCUAGUGCCACUCCAAUACUCCAAAAAAUCUAUCAAAAGUCUUUGUCUACUGGAACCUUGCCUAAAGACUGGCUCAAUGCCAAUGGCAUACCAAUCUACAAGAAAGGGGACAGGUCUUCACCAUCUUGUGUCACUUACUUGUAUUGCAAGCAAGCAGCUGGAACAUAUUAUUCACAGCAAUAUCAUGGGUCAUCUGGAGAGAUUCUCACUCCUCUCCGACAGACAGCAUGGAUUUAGGAGUGGACGGUCUUGUGAAACACAGUUAGCCGGACUCGUUAAUGAUCUAGCCCAGAUUCUGGAUGCAAAUUGUCAAGUUGACCUUUGCAUAAUGGAUUUUAGUAAAGCUUUUGAUACUGUACCACAUCAACGCCUGUUAGCUAAAUUUGACCAUCUUGGCAUCUGAGGCUCUACCAAGGAUUGGAUCAAAAGCUUUUCAACUAAACCGCACCAGAAGGUAUUAAUCGACAGGCAAUCCUCAUCCAGCUGUCCAGUGUUUUCGGGAGAACCACAGGGCACUGUCUUGGGCCUACUACUUUUUUUCAACCUAUAUAAAUGACCUUCCAACUUGUGUUACAUCUUACGUCAGACUGUUUGCAGAUGACUUGAUUCUGUACAGACCCAUAAAUUCUCCAAGUGACUGCAAUACCCUUCAACAAGAUAGUAACUCGCUGUGCAAGUGGGAGUCCUCCUGGCAGAUAAAAUUUAACAUCUCAAAGUGCUACAUUUUGAGAAUGACCCACAAGAAAUUUUUUUUACCAUCAUCAGUACUUCAUGAGAAAUGUUGCACUCCAGGAGGUAAAACAUCACCCCUACUUGGGCAUCGAACUGUCAGAUAACCUUAGUUGGGCAAAACACAUCAACCAAACCAUUUCAAGUUCCAACAAAAUCCUUGGCCUUCUACAGUGUAAAUUCUGGAAUUGCUCAAAAACCACAAAAGAAAUUGCUUAUAAAACUCUCACCCCUCCAAGACUUGAAUACUGUAGUGCCAUAUGGGAUCCCUACUAGACCAUUCACAUCAAUAACAUUGAGAAAGUUAUUGGAAAACAUUUUAACACUCUGUUUUCUAAGUGUUUAUUUUAAUGUGCUUUUAUUGAGCAUCAAGUGUUCAUUCAGGUUUUUACUAUGCAUUAAGUGUCUGAGUGUAGGGAUUACUACAGUAUUUCAACUAUGUGACCAUUGAACGAAACCUGUGUACUUUUGACCUCUUGAGAAAGAAGAAUUUCACCAAGUAGAUUGAUUUAUCAGUUAGAGUAAAACUUACAACAGUAUGCUAACCCAGAAGGGCUAUAAAAAUUGUUGUGUGAAACCGACAGGCGGACAUUCAGUGGCAGACUUACAAAGGUUAGCCCACUGACUGUCUCAGCUUUACUUUGCAAAUUAAAGUUUAAACAUUUCUUGAAGAAUCUUCGGCGUCUCCCUUUGUCAUUUGUAAAACCACGACGAAGUCCAGAAAAGAGCUGCCAGGUUUGUAACCAAUGAUUACAGAAAGACCAGUAGUGUUACAGAUAUGCUUCUCGACCUCAAAUGGGAUACCCUCCAAAGACGCCACACAAUAGCCAGGCUGACUACAAUUUACAAGGAAACUCACUCAUUAACUCCAUCCAACAUUAGUCACCUUUUGUGCAACCAGAAUAACAGAGCAGCAACCCCAUAAAACCAAUCCCUCAACUACAAGAACAUUCAGACCAACAAAGACUGCUACCGCUGCUCACUGUACCCUCGGACCAUUCCAGUUUGGAACUCCCUGCCGCCACACAUUAAAUCUGCCGCUGAUAGUAGAAUUUUCAAGUCGCUGCUCUUACACACCGCACUUUAGAUUACAUCUGCAUGCAUGUUUAUAGCCCAGCGGCGGCGGUUGGUGCAGUAUGGACAAGACAAGACUUGACCCUUCUUCUGAAGUUCCUCCAGCAACCUGUGUAUUGCUUUCUAAGUAACCUGCGACGGGAGAGAGACGAUAUGGAGCACAUAACCACGUUGA